AUGGGCGCCUCCGCCGCUUAUCCUGGUCUCUUCUUCUGCUUCGCCGCAAUGGUGCUGCUCAUCUUCGUCUCCGUCGGUGCCCCCACGUGGGACAAGAUUGGCUUCCUCAAGGCGAACAUCGAUGGGACUAAACGCUUUGGUGUGUUCGGCUACACUGGCACGUCGUCCACCGUGGGGUGGCACUUCCAGCAAAGCAUACUUGGGUUUGAUGACCAUCGUCUGAACCACGGAGUGGUACACAAUCUUACCUUUGUCCUCAUCCUGCUUCCCAUAGCGGCAGGCCUGUCCGGUCUCGCCGUAUUGUUCGGACUGUGUGGCGCACACUAUCACCGCUCCGGUACAGUGUUCAUGUCCCUCGCCGCUGCCCUUGCCACGCUUUGCACCCUUGUCGGCUUCAUCAUUGAGCUAGUGUUAUUCGGCAUCGCCGAGCACGAAUUCCACAAACGCGGCUUCAGCGCCAAGUACGACAAUGCGACUUGGAUGACGCUUGGCGCGCUCGUGGCCUUGCUGGUGGGCUGGUGCACGUCGCUCUUCGGCGUUUUCGGCCACUACAGGAGAAGGAGGGCUGCAUACCCUGCCAAUAGCUACUAA